UCUAUACCAAUCUUUGUCGGUCGGAUAUCUAUCCUCUACUCCAUCCACAUUCGUCAUUGAUAGAUAGUCCAACGACUUAUAAAAUUUAUAGAUCGAGGAGUGAUUUUUUUUCUCCCAUCUUCUAGUUUCUUCAAAUAAUCAAGCAGUCUGUUCUUUUUCUCGACUCUCGACUUUCUUGAGUAGAAAUCCAUGGCUCAGUUUCUUACCUUUGCUGCCCAGGAAAUGCUGAAGAAAGUGGCUUCACUUGCCACUCAAGAGUUCACUCUUUUAUGGGGAUUCAAAGGAGAAUUAGCAAAUCUGCGUGAGUCGCUGCUCUUUCUUGAAGCUGUGCUACGAGAUGCUGAACAGAAGCGACAAGAUCAGGACGAGGCUGUGAAGCUCUGGUUGAAGAAGAUUGAAGACAUAGCUCAUCUUGCCGAUGAUGUGUUGGAUGACUACGGAUAUGAGCUUCUUCGGCGUAAGGUGGAACUGCGAAACCAGAUGAAGAAAAAGGUGCAAAACUUUUUUUCCGUCUCCAAUCCCAUCUUUUUUCGUGUUAAAAUGACACAUAAAAUUAAGAAAAUCAACACAUCUUUGGAGGAUUUGGGUAAAAGGGCAAGUGGUUUUGGGUUUGUUGCUAGGCCUUCCAUAGAGGCAACAAGCUCCUAUGAUAGAAGAAUUGAUAGGGAAACCUACUCUGAGUUCAAAAAAGAUGAAAGCAAUAUUAUUGGAAGGAUGUUGUGGAAGAUAUAUAUAGUGAAAGCCUUGACCAACUCAAACAACAGUCAAGAAAAUGAUCUUUCAGUUCUGGCCAUUGUGGGAAUGGGGGGACUUGGGAAGACCACUUUGGCUAAAUCAGUAUAUCAUGAUGAUAAGAUAAAGCAACAUUUCCAAGAAAAUAUAUGGGUUUGUGUGUCUAUCCCUUUUGAAGUCAACUCAAUUUUAAGAGGGAUCUUGGAGUCUCUUAAACCUGAACAUGCUGCGGCGCAAACUAGAGAUGCAAUAUGUAGAAUUCUUAAAAAGGAGUUGAAAGGGAAAAAGUAUCUUCUUGAGCUCGAUGAUGUUUGGAAUGAAAAUUCUCAAACAUGGGAAGAAUUGAUCAGUUGCUUGGUAAAUGUCACUGAUACCCAAGGAAGCAGCAUCCUUGUCACCACCCGUAAUAACAAAGUUGCAAAAAUGGUGGGUACUCUUCCUAGGCAUGAUUUGAAAAAACUAUCAGACGAUGAAUGUUGGCUUAUAUUGAAAGACAAAGCAAUUUCAAUUGGGGGUGUUUCUAUCACUGGAGAUCAAGAAAAAAUUGGAAGGAAGAUUGCUAAAAAGUGCGGAGGUGUACCAUUAAUAGCAAAGGUGUUGGGAAAUAUGAUGCGUUCUAAAAUGUGUGAUGAAUGGCAAUCAAUUUUGGACAGUGGUAUAUGGGAUUUACCAGAGGAAGAAACUAGAAUAUUGAUGAUUUUGAAAUUGAGUUUUGAUGAAUUGAAGUCUCCAUUGUUGAAACAAUGCUUUGCAUACUGCUCCAUGUUCACCAAAGAUUUUGAAUUUGAAAAGGACGACCUUAUCCAACUUUGGAUGGCUCAAGGAUGGCUUCACCCUUCUCCCAACCAAAAUAAUUUAGAGAUGGAGGACAAAGGUAACGAGUAUUUUAAUAUUCUGUUGCAAAACUCAUUUUUUCAAGAUGUGAGAAGGGAUAACUAUGGUGACAUAAUCACAUGCAAGAUGCACGAUCUUGUUCAUGAUCUUGCUGAACGUGUUUCAAAGUUGAAGUACUUGCACUCCCUAUUUUCAAAUAGAGCGGUCCUUGACAACGUACAACUCACCUGGAUUUAAAGCUCUAUGUGUUUUAAAUUCAUACAAGGCAGACAUUCAGAGUUGACAGAUUCAAUUGGAAAGUUAAAACAUUUGAGGUAUCUAAAUGUUAUGGAAACAAAGAUUAAAGCAUUUCCAAGAUCUUUGGGUUAGCUUUAUAACCUUCAGACAUUUAAAAUGUAUGAUCACCUUGAAGCAUUCCCAAAGGAAAUUGCAAAUUUGAUCAACCUGCGACAUAUUUAUUUUGGUACACAUGUGAAAGUUCCAACUGAAGUAUUAAGGAGAUUGACUAAUCUCCGAUCAUUACCUUUUGUAAAGAUGGACAAGGAGACGGGUCCUCAAAUUGGGGAAUUAGGUGGCUUAAACCAUCUGAAAGAUAGCUUAUCCAUUUGUAAUCUAGAACAUACAAGAGAUCAAGAAGAAGCAGAGAAAGCAAAUUUAGUGGAGAAAAAAUAUCUACACAAGUUAACCCUUACAUGGGAGUAUAGUGGGCCAAGCAGCAGUGCUAACAGUGACGAAGUUAUACUUGAAGUCCUGCGACCACAUUCUAAUCUGGAAUUUUUGAAGAUUUAUGGUUUCAUGGGUGUUAAAUUUCCAUCAUGGUUAUUGCUAUCCAACAAAUUGAAAGAGAUUGAAUUACAUGGAUGCAACAAAUGCGAAGGAGUCCUAGUACUUGGCCAUUUGCUCAAUCUUGUACAUGUAAAGAUGAACAGGAUGCAGAACAUGAGGUGUUUGGGAUAUGAGUUUUAUGGUUAUGAUCACGCUUCUGAUGAUAUAGAGGUUUUGUUUCCUGCAUUGAAAACAUUACAUAUUGAGGAGGCAAGAAAACUAAUUGAAUGGAAUGAAGUGUCAACAGAAAGAGUGAUGGUGUUUCCUUGCCUUGAGGAGGUGACCCUGACUGGUUGCUACCAAUUGAGAAGUGCUCCUAGUCAUUUUCCAUCUCUGAAAAAGUUGGUGAUUAAAGGCAUGAAUAGCGGAGGCAUUCCAAUAGCAAGUAUUCUAAGCAAUAGUCUGACCACUCUCACUUCUCUCGAAAUAAGCAAUGUGAGGGGACUUGCUUGUCUGCUGGAAAGGUUGUUAGAAAAUAACCAGAAUCUUUCAUAUAUGGAGAUAGAGUAUUGUUGGGAGUUAACUUGUAUUGGUCCUCCCCAAUCACAAGGGUAUGA